GUCAACAGUUUGACAUCGCCUGCGCCUCUACUUCCAGGUGCUACGCCAAAUUGGCCCGGAUCUCUUCGCUCAGGACCUCUUAGUCCGGCAAUGCUAACCGGCCCCGCUGGGUCGUCGAACGACUACUUCAGCAACGACCACCACUUUGGAGGCAGCUUCCCUACUCCCAACGAGUCCUCUCUCAGGACCGGCUUGACUCCUGGCGGCGGUGGGUCUAUGUUCCCUCAGCCUAGUCCCAAUUCUCAAGCAAUUUUCAACGCUAUCCAGAGCGGUGGCGCAACUCCUGGUACUCUUGACUUCCAUCGAACUGCUAUGCACGCACGCGCUUCCCAGACCAACGUCAACGCAAACUUCAACAUGCCUCAGCCACCCACAUCUGCCGCUGCCGACCCUAACAUCCAGCCCAAUCUCGAUAGCAAGGGCUUCGGCCAACAGCAACAGAACGAGUCAUUUGAACAGCAUGACGCCAAUGACGCAGCUAACGGCCUGUUCAUGCUUGCUCAAGCCAGAGGCAACAACAAUAACAACAACAACAACCGUAACCAGCCCCAACAAUACCCGCCACCCCAGUCUCAGCCUCAGAUGAACUACAUGGGCAACCCCCCUCAUCUUCCAGGUGGCAUUGGCCAUCAAGGUCACGACGGCCAGGCAUCCCGCGCCAACAAGAACUCGAUCGGUAGCAACAUGUCGGGCUCAACUCAAAACGAGCACGGCAACUUCUCCGAUAGUGACGGCGAAGACGUCAAGCCCACUAGAGGCAAGGGCAAGAAGAACGGCAACAACAACAAGAACUCGAACAAUGGUAGACGCAGGGCCGAGGAUCAACCUAAGGGGUCUAACAAACGCCAAAAGACCAGCAUGCCGUCGAUGGAUGAAGACGACUCGGACAUGGACGAGGGAGAUAUGAUGGAACGUGCCGACGGCAAGAAGAUGACGGACGAGGAGAAGCGUAAGAACUUCCUGGAAAGAAACAGGAUCGCCGCGCUGAAGUGUCGUCAGCGCAAGAAGCAAUGGCUAGCCAACCUUCAGCAGAAGGUUGAGAUCUUCUCAACUGAAAACGAUGCGCUGGCCGCCACCGUUACCCAGUUGCGUGAGGAGAUAGUCGGACUCAAGACUCUACUUCUCGCCCACAAGGAUUGUCCAGUCUCGCAAGCACAGGGCAUCAGUGGCAUGGCAAUGCAGAAUAUUGCCGGCGAGCCUCAUCAGUUCUCCAACCCAUAUGGCAUGCAGAUGUCUCAUAUGCAACAGGGAGUGCCGUCCCAAGCUAACAUGCAGAGACGGUAGACAGAGAAUUGAGUGUUAUCGAGGCGUUUAAAAGGCAUGACUGCAAAGCAAGGUACAGAGCAGCAGCAGCGUGCAAAGGCUCAGGCAGACUCUGGGUAUAGGCGUUAGGCUUCUUGGGAGAGACGGUGGGCGCAACACGUUUUGUCUCACCAGAUAAUAGCUCCUCUUCAACUGUAUAUCUUUCAUUGACAAAUAGUUUGGCAGAGGCCAAACACGAGGAGUAUGGAUGGACUUUGCUUUCUAGUUUCUCAGUUAUCCGUAGCUCAU